AUGGUGGCUGGAGUUGAACUUCAACGAAAGCUGCUGCACCGGCUGCGGAUGCAGGGAGAGGCCCCGCAAGCCGAUUCGCGGGACGAGGAUCGCUUGGCGGCUCUGUCUGCCAAGGAGAAAAGACUCCGACAGCAGAUCCUGAGUGCUCAGAAUCAGCGCAAUGAGGAUCGCAAGAAGCAGGGCCAGCAGGCGCUGGCCAGGAAGAUGAAAGAAGAAGAUGAGCAGUGCAAAUGGCAGAAGGCAAAUCUCGUUGUUGUCCUAAAGACCGAGUCCGACAGGGUGGCUGCUCUCCGGGCAGAAGUGAAGACCUACGAGCAGCGCUUAAAGGAAGUGCUGGAGCGAAAGGUCUUGGCGGAGGUCAUGGCAGCCAAGAUGUCGGAGGAGGAGCAGGACGAGCCGAGGAAGUUCGCCAUGAACACUGGGAGCGAAGAUGAGCAGGAGGAUGACAGCGAGGAGGAGGCAGGCAGAGCCCUAAGCGAACUGGAGCUGUCAUAUGAGGGCUUGGAGUUGUUUUCGAUCAUGCCUAUCCCUUCAGCAGUGCGGUUGGCCACAGGCCACAUCCCACACCAAGAGAGGUUGUCAAAAGUCGACAUCCCGGCAACUGGCUUUCCGGAGAGAAAAGGCAUCAGGGAGCUUGAAGCCGAGUAUGGAGUGCAUCUCCGGAACCUUGAAAAGGUUAUGCUGCAACUUCGGCAGGAGCAGGCUGAACAGGCGGAGGAACGACGCUGCCAGUCGCGGCUUGCCGCCCUCAAGAAGAAAAAGAGGGAGGAAGCUGCAGCGGCUGCAGCUGUUGCGGGAAAUCGCUUCCCGUGGAGCAUCGGGAAGUGGAUGAGGAGUGAGAAGACCGAGGCCCCGACGCCAAAGGUGUCUGUGGUGUCCGGCUUCACCAACUUCUCGCCGUAUGCGGCAAUAUGCCGUAAGUACACAGCCGUGGCGGUCUGA